CCUCCCCCCCCACCGCGGGGACGCCGCCGCGACGCCAGUCGCCACUCAGUCAGCGCUGGACCGCCGCUCGCUCAAUUUCGUACACGCGUUUCAUUGAAAAUCCACCCCCCCGCUCGGCCCACGCCGCCACCCCACGCCGCAUAAGAAACGCGCUCGCGCGUCGAACUCGCGAUAAAACGCAGUUCGUCGAGAUCGCUGUUCAAUUUUCAUUGCGGUUUCCGCGUUUGAUCGUACCCCCCGUUACUCCCCCCCUCCCUCCCCCCAUUCUCCCCGUCCUCCCCCCUUCGGCCAUCGCACCCUUAACACUGUGCGGAACUUUGCCGCAGGCGAGUCUGUGAUCCUCCUUCUUCGCGUCCCUCCCCCCCUAAAAUUUGACCCCCAUCCCUUGCCUCUCCCACCCUUCCGUCGCAUUUCGCAAGCCGGCCCUUCAUCGAGGACUGGUUCGUCGGCUUGGAUGGCUGGUUGGUCACUCGGAAACAAAGCCGAUCCGUCAAAUCGGUAUAACGGUUCAAAUGCGAGAACGAUCGAAACAAUUAUUUGCGUUGGUGUGUAAAAGUAACAAAGGAACGUGGAUUUUUUACGUCAAAAGCAUCGCGGCAGUACGGUAGAAUUUCAAACUCGUGAUUUGUUCUUUGAUAAUUAUACGCUGGUGUUUCGUUGAGAUUUAUAAUUCUUUAUUAUAUUGUUUGAUGUUCUCUCAACUGUGUUUUUUUUUAUUUUUGGCCUAUAUAAAACGUGGGUGCGUGCAGUUCCUACAUGUGAAGUGUCUUUUACGAUACAUUGAUAAUAAUUGUACAAAUGUAUGAAUAGAAAAUGAAAAAUUUAUAAUCCUUAACCGUUAUAACACAUAUUCAAAUAAUAACCAGUGUAGCCAUCGAUAAAAACAUUCCUGUGCAGCAAUUGUUGGAUGUUAAUAAUUUACGAGAUUUUUCUCUCUUUGUUGUUUCUUCUUUUUAUCAUAAUUGCCGUUAUAUCGAUGUCUGGAUUGCAAAGUGCGAUUUCAUAGGGUAAUAAUAAAUUAGUUUUUUCUCACUACUACGUUGUGAAAAUUAUUACAUGUAUGAUAAACUUGACUUAAAUCAUGCAGUUUACAUAUUAAUUUGCGUCAUAUGCAUGUUACAAAAGAGUGGGAGAUGAAUAAAACGAAUGAAUAAUUUACCGCGUAUAAUUUAUAAAACGCAACUAUUACACCGUUGACAUCGACACUAUAACGCACAACGCGUAUAUACCACCAACCUGUUACGUUGCUGCAGCUGAUUCCGACUACACUGUAUCUAUCCGCCUCUCUCUCUCUCUCUUUCUCUCUCUCUCUUUCUCUCUCUCUCUCUCUCCUUCCGUCUCCCUUUCGUUAGAUAAAGUGAUUUAUAGAUCUGCGCGACAUAUUACAACAAAGUCAGUGACAAAGAUAAAACAAAAAAAAAAUAAAAAUAAAAGAAAUAAAGAAACAAAAAAAGUAACAUAAAUACAUCGAAAGAGGGAGGAAGUUAAAUCUGGAUAUCAUACAGAGUAAAUGAAGAAAAGGUUGAAAAAGAAUCAGGAAGAAAAUGUAAAAAUGAGGCUGAAAAUGCAGACGAGUUGUAAUAAUAACAAUUAUGAUAGUCGAACGGCGGAGAGGAGAUAAGACAAGUGUGCGUGCAUAUCGAUAAAUAUAAAUAAUUAUAAAUAUAUCAAGGAGAAAUAUAUUAAUCCUUGAGAUUCCAAAAACUGUUUAUACAUGCUGUGAAAGUUCGGUGAUAAACUGCAGUGAAACGGAGUGGUGUAUUUCUUCGUGCGUCGCGGUUUGCACGUUGCGCGCGUGCGUAAUUGUUAUUUUUAUUAAAAAAAAAAAAAUAAAUAAAAAAUUAAAAUUUACACCGCAAGACGCAGCAGAAAAAAAUAAAUAAAUAAAUAAAACAAAACAACCGAAGAACUGGAGGCCUUCAGGAGUAACGAAGGCCACCGCAGGACGCAGAUGACCCGAAGAAAACAGCACGCUCCUCAGCGAAUGAAAUGUAAGUAGUGGUCUCUCCGAUCGUUUGAAAAGCGAAGUGUCGAGUCCUCGAGGCGUCGAGUCCCCGGGCCCUACAGACCGGAAACAUGCGAAGCAAACAACAGCCGAGGCCCUCCUUCCGGUGGCCCCAGCAACGCGGUGGCGAUAACCUCACCGGGGAGGACGGCGUGGAGGGAUCUGGUCCAGGAACGGACCUCCAGGGCGAGGAGGGCGACUGCGCCGAUGAAGACGGCCCCGUGAGUCCCAGCGACCGGGGCUGCGGUGUUCCAGCCAACAAAGAAGACGAAGAAGGAUCGCCUUCGGAGGAAGACGACGAAGACGAACCACCGACUUCUACUCCACCUCCAGCUGCGUCCCCCUUAACGUCCACGCGGCUUAAUCCCGCAGGACUGAGAGACACCGGACCCCCCGACAGGGAUCCAAUGAGUCCCCGCUGCCCGUCGAGAGAAUCGCGGGAAUCGUCCGGUCCAACAGCCGGAAGUCCUCCCCUCCCGCCGCGAAGCAGCGCAAGCCCGGUCAGUCCUACCGGCAUAGUUCCGCUACCACUGGGCGCGCAUCCACUGUUGCCUCCGCAUUCGGCAGCGGUGAUGGCGGCCUACAUCCAGCAGACCCAUCAGCGGCUCCUCCUGGGACACUCGCCGCUGUCCCGAGGUUCAGUCUCGCCUUUGGUCUCGUCGUCCUGUUCCCCACCAGCGGCAACCCCGGGUCUCCUAGUGUCGCCGAACAGCGGAGGCGACUUGUCUCCAGGUGCGACAACGCUGCCAGCAGUGCUAGAUUUCAGCACAAGAAAAGCGUCCUCGACGGAGGAAGAGGAGGACGACACCGCCCUGAACCUCAGCAAACCACCAACCCCGUCUUCCUCCUCGGAGACGAAUAACGGACCCCUGGAUCUCUCGGUUCCGAGUCGGAAGCGACCGGGUCCGGAAGACUCGCCGCCACCACCGCCGCGGAAGUCCUCAAGGUUGGCGUCAACGACGAGUCACCAAGAGUCGUACGGACGCCCCGUGGUCUCUCCGUGGACGUCGCCGGUGGUGGCGUCCCACUUUCCGUACUUUGCUGCCGCCGUGGCAGCGGCAACUAGUCAGCAACAGCUAUCGCCGAAGGCCUCGGGGGGCGUGGAUCACCAGCUUUGGAACGGCAAGAUGAAGCCGCCCGCGGCACUCGAGAAGCCGUACCAACCGAGCGACGCGACCAAAGCGCUCGAGAAAAUGAGCGAGCUGAGCAAGAUCGGCGGCGACGACCUCUACCGGCCCGGAAGCGGGAAUUCCGGGUCCGGAAACGCUGUGACCGGCUCAAGCAGCCGGCACAGCGCGUGGCAGUCCCACUGGCUGAACAAGGGCGCCGAGCAGGCCAAGGACGUCCUCAAGUGCGUUUGGUGCAAGCAGAGCUUUCCCACCCUCGCGGCGAUGUCGACGCACAUGAAGGAGGCCAAGCACUGCGGCGUCAACAUGCCGGUACCUCCGCCGCCCUCGGCUCUCCACCAGCAGCAGCAGCCUCCCCAAAUGCCGAGCAUUCAGGCCCCCCAACACCAGCCUCAAACAUCGACCAGCGCGAGCAGCGGCGGGACGCCGAGCAGCAAGCAGAGCCCCUCGGAAUUGAACCUCUUGAUAAAGGAGACGAUGCCGUUGCCGAGGAAGCUGGUCAGAGGCCAGGACGUGUGGCUCGGGAAAGGAGCCGAGCAAACGCGGCAGAUAUUGAAGUGCAUGUGGUGCGGUCAGAGCUUCCGUUCCCUUGCCGAAAUGACCUCGCACAUGCAGCAGACCCAGCACUACACCAACAUCAUAUCUCAGGAGCAGAUAAUCUCGUGGAAAUCAUCGGACGAGAACAAGGGUAGCGGUACCGGAGGCGGAGGCGGGGGUGGAGCCGGGGGUGGCCCACCGACGGGCGGAAGCAGCGGUCACCCCGGCGGCGGGGGGCCGGGUUCCGGGGCGACGAGCAGCCACGUGAGCGCCGUGCUUACCUGCAAGGUUUGCGAUCAGGCGUUCAGUUCUCUGAAAGAGCUGAGCAAUCACAUGGUGAAGAACUCCCACUACAAGGAGCACAUUAUGCGCUCGAUUACGGAGAGCGGAGGCCGGCGUCGGCAGACGAGGGAGAAGCGAAAAAAGUCACUUCCGGUCAGGAAGCUACUUGAGCUCGAGCGGGCGCAGAACGAAUUCAAGAACGGGGACGCGUCGGGGGGGCUCGGUCACACGCUUGGAAAACACGCGGGGCGAAUAACGUGCGAAAAGUGCGGGGACAAGAUAGAGACGACGAUAUUCGUUGACCAUAUACGCCAGUGUAUCGGGGCCGGGGUCGUCGGCAUGAGCCAGAGGAACUUCCUGAAGAACGCCCUGAUGUCGAACCACGCUCCGCCUCCCAGCGGGCCCCCCGAAAGCGGCAGGAAGAGCGUCAGCGAGGACGCGUCCUCCGUCUCUUCGAGGCAUCACCGGUCACCAUCUUCGGCGAGCGACGCGACUACCCCCGGCAAGGAGACCCCGACCCCGACACCGACGGAAACCCCGAACUCCUCACCCUCCGUCCUCAACGCGAUCGAGAAGCUGAUCGAGAAGAGUUUCGACUCCCGGGCGCGGCACGGCGCUUCCGGUCUCCACCAUUCCCAGGCCGGUGCCCCGAUGGGAUCGAGCAUCCUGAAGCGCCUCGGCAUCGACGAGUCCGUCGACUACAUGAAACCCCUGGUCGACCCCCAGUCCAUGAACCUGUUGCGGUCCUACCAGCAGCAGCACUACAACGCAGCGGUCGCCGCGAGGCGGGAGCGAAGCGGAAGCGAAUCGAGCUCGAUAUCGGAGCGGGGCAGCGGGCGAACGGACGUGAUGACGCCGGAGCGUAGAUCGAUGGAUCUUUCCGGAGGCCACGAGCGGCUCUCCCACCCCCAGCACCACCACCGAGUAACACCGGACAAGCAGCCGGCGCUUCCGGCGCGGCUUCCGCACCCCGAAGAGUCCGGUGACGAGGAGCAGCAACCGGUGAUAAAGAAAGAGCCUCGGGAGGAAGAGGGCGACGCGACGCCCGAGGAGAACCUCGAACAGCGUCGGGAUCGCGACGUCGUCGUGAAGAAGGAGGUCCUCGAGGAUCGCGAGGAGGAGGAUCACCAACCGGCCUACAACCACCAGCAGCGGGGCAGCCACCACGACGCGACGACGACCGCAACCUCCGCCGAGGACGAUCGCGCGGCCAUGUCACCCCCGGUGAACCCGCCAACCCCGAGACCUAGUUCCGGAGUCGAACAGGUCGCCAGGAGUCCCUGCAGAAACAGCACCAGCAGUCCGACCAGCAGCGAUCGCUCCGUCACUCCGCGCGGAACACCGGACACCAAGACCUCCAGUAGUCUUGGCGCGCUCUCGUCGAUGUUCGACAGCCUCUCCGGCGGCGGAGGCGGCGGUCCUGGGGGCGGGGGGUCGGACGCUCAGGGUAGAAAGGCGAGCAGUCACCCGCUAGCAGCGCUCCAGAAACUCUGCGACAAGACUGAGACUCGCGGCUCGAGUUCCGGGGGCUCGAGGAGCGGCGCCGGUACCUCGUCGAGUCACGGUCAGACCGGAAGCGGCGGGGGCGGCGGCGGCGGCGGGGGAAGUUCGGGGGGCGGAGGGGGCGGUAAUUCGGGGGGUGGAAGUGGCCUGGGACAGGCGCCGGGCUCGACGCCUGGCGCGAUUCUCGCCUUCAGCUGGGCCUGCAACGACGCCGUCGUAACCGCCGAUUCGAUAAUGAAGUGCGCCUUCUGCGACACGCCGUUCAUAUCGAAGGGCGCCUACAGGCAUCACCUUUCCAAGAUGCACUUCGUCAAGGACGGCGUCAUCCCCGACCCUAUGACCGUAGGCCGGUCACCGUCUCAGGCCCAGUCCUCCUCCGGGGGCCCGGGGCAUUCCGCCCCCUCGCCGCCCUCGCAAAGGAACAAGUCGCCCCCGAUCGCCCAGCCCAACGGAAGCCCCUCGCAGCCGGCCCCCUCGCCCCUCGAGGAAAGCCCCCACUCCAAGUUCCUCAAGUAUACGGAGCUCGCGAAGCAGCUUUCGAGCAAGUAUGUAUAGUCCGGGUCGUCUUCCCUUACAUCAGGGCUAGAAGAAAAAAAAACAGAACGAAACAAUUUCCCCUGUACAUAGUAGUGUAUUUAUAUGUUAUUAUAGAUAUUGCGAUAUCAUUGUAAAUCGUCGUCCGAUAUUUGUGUUUUUUUUUUCUUUCUUUGUUUCCUCAUUUCAAGGUUAUUACACUACGCGACAGGUACUCUGGUACCGUGCUGUAAUUGUGUUAUAAUAAGCUGCUGCCUAUGCUGAACAGGCGAUGAAAGUGAGAGUUUUUUUCCUCUUCAACGCCUCGCAAGACCCUUAUGUUGUUAUACCUAUACCGUCAUUAUUACGAUUACGAUUUUCGUUUUUUCUCGUCGGCAAUCGCACAGCCAUGCAACCAAUUAAACACACGCCGCAUACACAACACACACACACACACACACACACACAGGCACGCUAAUCACUAUACAUAUAUAUAUGUAUAUAUAACGCUGUGCAAAACUGUAAAUUUGUAUAAUUUUACCAUCGGUGCUUCGUGUGCUCCGCACGUCCUCCUCCGUGUUCGCUCCUAGCUUUCCCGAAUUUUUUCCCGAUCGGCCGAGAGACUGUAACUUGCCAUUUUCAUUUUUAUACGUUAAAUUAUUUCGUUUUUCCAUCGUCACUAAAGUCUUGUGUAAAGGGACGGAGGACGGCGCGGAAAUCGCGGCGCCUCAUACUGUCAUUCCUAAAAGACCGCCGCGGCCGUUAAAAACUUGCGGCCGCGGUUUUGGGCCGAAAAAUUUAUAACGCGCGCACGUGAAUCCGAGUCUCGUACUUUAGUAUAUAUAUAUAUAUAUAAAAAGAGUAUAAGUAUAGGUACCUCGACGUAUUUGAUAUAUGCAUACGUAUAUCGUAUAUAAUAUGUAUGGAGAAAGAGAGAAAGAGAGAAACAGUUAUAGCUGGAAGUGAGUACGAGAGGAGAGACAAAUAGUUGCGGAUGAUGUUAAGGAAGAUAAGGUUAAUUAAUUAUUGUGAUGCCACCAUAUCUCGCGGCACUGCCGAGUCCGGGGACUCGGCACGCCAAGUUUGUGAUUUUAUAAUAAUUCUUAAGAAGGUUAAUGAUAAAGUAAUUAAUUAAUUGAAUAAAUAAUUAAAUGAAUAAAUCGACAAGUAGUCGCUUGCCGAUCGUCGGUCUCUCGGGCGGCGAUCGGUCGUCGCAUGUAUACCCCUUCCCCUCCUCCCCCCUCCCCCCCCCCCCCCCCCCUUGCCCAAUAUUAUUAUUGAUAUAAGAUUACGAUUAUCAAGUUAAGGCGUAGUUUCUAUAGGAUAGGCUAGGGUAGAGUCUCUUGUAAAGGAAUCUCUUUGUUGAUACUUAUAUAUAUUAAAUAUACUAAAAUAUAACAGCGCUAUCAUCGAGUAAAUAACCAUUUACUGCAGGACGCCCGUGUGUACUGUGUAUACAUACAUAUAUAAUAUACAUACAUAUACAUAUACGUGCAUCACAUACUGGACACAAAUAGGCAUACAUACGUAACCUUGCGCGUUGCGCGUACGCGUUUAAGAUGUUGUGUAAUAACGUAAAGCGUUCUAUAUUAUGAUAAAAAUCGGUUACGACGAAACUGCACGAGAGGUAGAGUGAAAAGGGGAGAGAAAGAUACUUGAACAAAAAGCCACUGAAGAAAAAUCAAAACAAACUACAGCACACAUUGAGUAAAAGUAAAAGAUAUAAUAAUACGGGAAUGCACGCGAGAGUGCAAUAUUGAAAUUUAUUAUUGCAAUUAUUAUAUAUAUAUGCAUAUAUAUAUAUAUAUAUAAAUAUAGUAUUAAAAUAAUUAAGCGAGAUGGAAAGGAAGAAAAAUUGAAGAAAAAAACAAAAACGAAAAAAAUUCUGUAGACAACAUUGUAAAUUUUUAUUUGUUUAAAAUAUUUAUUGCGCAAAAAGAAGGAAGGUGUGAGGAGAAAGACGAAAAAAAAAAAAAUUUAAGCCAUGCGUCAUUAAAUGUAAAAUAUUGUCAUUAUUAUCAUUCGAGUUAUAUUAUAUAAUAUUGUGUACAUUAUGAAUUAUUAUAUAAUAUGAAAAAAAUUGAAAUUGAAAACGAAAAAAAAUUAAGAAAAUAAUAAUAAUAAUAAUAAUGCAGUGAUAUCGAAAACGGGACGCCGAAGCGAAUGGAUGAAUGAACGAAGGAAUGAAUGAACUAGUUACUAGAGCAACGUGGCAGGGGAGAAACACACCCCAAGAGUGAACCGGUGAAAGAGCGAGAGAGAGAGAGAGAGAGAGAGAGAGAGAGAGAGAGAGAGAGAGAGAGAGAGAGAGAGAAAGGGAAGAAGACAAGAGAGAAGGAUGGUGGGAGAGAAUGAGAGUGAGAAUGAGUGACGCGCUAACCCCGAGAAACACUUGUAUACGUAUAUAUCUUGUAAACUCUAAUUCUUCCAUCGCGGACUUUAAAAAGUAUUUAUCAAACAUAAUAAUAAUAUUAUUAUUGUAAUUAUAUACGACUGCUGAAGAGUGUGAUGAGCGAACACGAAUCGACACACAUAUACACACGCACACACGAACACGCACACAUGUAUACACAAUUAAGACGAGAAAGAGACACACGAUGUGAAAAUUAAUAAACAAUACGAACUAUCCAAGCAAAACAAUGUAAGAACAGAAUAAACGAUUAAUGAUUAAAAAGUAAAAGAA